AUGUUGUGGUAUCCAGUUUGGUUCUUGGCGCUUUCUAUGCACAAGGUCUUUGCUCAGGUUGCCGCCGAUGACGACGAUAACUCGGAUCCUCCACCAAGAUUGUCGACCCGGACUAAUUCUGAGUUUACAGGGUCGCUUAUAACUACUGACCCGUCACUAAUCAGCACUGACUCUGUUUCCAACACCGAAAGCAGCAGUCAGCCAUCGCCAUCAGCCCCAUCCCAGGCUUCUCCAAGUGAACAACCCAGCGGACCAGAUGUGUCGCCAAUUACCACGGACACUUCUACUGUGUGGUCCUACUCGUACUCGUUAUUGAAGACUGAAACUACUAUCUCCGAGGAAACUACUACUUACACUGCUUCUGUUACUUACACCAAUGUCAUUGUUACGCCAGUCACCACUGACGUUGUUGUGAAAUAUGAGAGUCAUUCCAGGAGCGAGUUCACGUCUUACUACAACACGACAUACGAGUACCCAUGCACAUCUACUUCGGCUGAUACCGUGUACACAUCCGUGUACACCACCUCCAGUCCUACUGCUACGGUUCAGACAUCUGGUGUCGUCACUUCCGUUAGCUACAGUACUGACAUCACCACCGCUGUUGACUAUAUUACUUCCUUGGCAACCAUUGUUGUUAUUUCACACCAUGACGAGAAACACGCAGGGGAGCCAAUCACCACCAUUGCAGAAACGACGCGUAGCUGCAGUGCACUCCCAACAACUAACCAGGUCACUACACUCGGCACCCCUGGCGUUUCUGUCGAAACUAAUGUUGUCACUCAUACUUACUCGUCUACGUCUAACUACAACACAACGUUGUUAAGCAGACCUUGGAGUACUACCACCAUCUUCCCUACUAACUACAACAGCACCGACAUGGUCACUGUGGAAAUCUUCGAGCCAUGCUCAAUUGAAACGCAAACAUACACUGUUAUCCCUCAUACUGAAGUGGAAACCAAUUACAUUACCCACACCGUGGAUCCUGUUCACACUCUUGAACCAGUUACUCCUACAGUUUAUUGCGCUCCAGAGACAGUCACCGUUGUAUUCGGUUGUCAACAACAAGGCGUAUGCAGCGAUGUUACGACUACUAUGACUGAAACUUAUGUCCGUACCCAAACUGUUUUGAAGACGGUUGUUAGCCCUGUUACUUACGUGCAAACCGUCCAAGAUGGUGCCCUUACCGAGUACGGAACUAGCACCGUGACAUUGACAUUAACCAAUGAUGUUCCAGUUAUUGUUACAAAAACUGGUACAUGUACUGGUACUACCGCCACUGCCCAAGUGGUCACUGAAGAUAUUGUAUACACCGUUACCGUUCCUGAAAAGACCACUUAUCUCUCCACGAUGUAUUCCUACUCGGUUUCUGAAGCAGUUGGAACUGCAGUUGAAAGCCGUACUUACACUCGUGUAGUACCACUUCAAUCCUUUGAGCCAAGCACCGGUGGCUCUAACCAUUUGUUAGCAGCACAUGAAUAUCAAGGCAUUGGCGUUUCAGUUCAAGUGUUGGUAACCUUCGCUGCUAUGUUCUCCAUUAUGGUAUUUGUUUAA